AUGGACAGGCAGAAGCACAUCGCGCAGACCGUUUUUCGAUUAGUCAGCACGCGCGUGGAUGAGAACUGCUGCUGCUUCGUGGAGGACGAAUCUCUCUUCGGGCCUGAUCACAAGAUUAUAUACAGGCAUUUUGCAACCCUGUACUUCAUUUUCAUAGCUGACAGCGCCGAGAGCGAAUUGGGUGUCCUCGAUCUGAUCCAGGUCUUUGUGCAAGUUCUUGACUCAUGCUUCGAGAACGUGUGCGAGCUGGACCUCAUCUACCAUUUCGAUCGGGUGAACUACAUUCUGGAUGAAAUAGUCAUGGCAGGAAUGGUCCUUGAGACCAAUGCUGAUCUCAUCCUCAAAGCGGUAAAAGAAACCAAGAAAUUGGAGCAGGAGGGAUCAACCUUUGGCUUUUGA